GGAUCACUGACCGGGUCGUCAUUAUGAUCAAAACUAACAUAUUUGCCGAGUAAAUUCACCUAUCCAAAAGUAGGUUUAAUAACCAUGCACACAUCCAUAAAUACAAUUUCACCGAAACGUGUCUCGAGCAUCGGCAAGAAAAAAUUGUAUGUGAAAAAGAGAGAAAACAAGCUGUAGCUCUGAUCUGUUGGUUACAGCAGUCCAGACAUGUUUAAGCAGCAGCAAGCGGGUGCUGUUGCCUUUGGUGGCAGUACUUGACAAUUGUCUCCAUGAUUUUGCCAACUGACCAAUUAUCGCCAUAACAAUAAUAUCGCUAUUUAUUUCACAGUUGAGUCUAUUGGUCAAAGCACUUGUCACCUUGCAUCUCUCUCAUCUCCUCCAUAGCAGCUGCUAAGAAAAGAAAGACACCAUGAACCCUUAUGUCCCUGAUUUUGAAAUGGACGAUGAUUACUCUCUCCCACCUCCUCCUUCAACCCAUACUCGCCCCAGAAAAACAGCCAUGCAGGAAGAAGAGAUCAUGGAGCUACUAUGGCAGAACGGCCAAGUAGUGAUGCACAGUCAAAGAUCUCAAAAGAAAUCAUCUUCUCCACUGUCCAAGUUGGAUGAUGCGGUGCUCCCAGCUGAUCAAUUACCUGGCACUAAAGAGAUCCGAUCAUCACAUGAUCAACAACAAGAACAUCAUCAUCUUUUUAUGCAAGAAGAUGAGAUGGCUUCUUGGCUUAAUCAUCCUCUAAACGACACCAAUUUCGACCAUGAUUUCUGCGCCGAUUUGCUAUAUCCUCCCACAGCUUCCACAGUUUCCAUCACCAGGGAAGCUGCUGUCACCAAAGCCGCGGCGUCUCCUGUUCGAGGUGCGACUCAGAGAACGGAAGCUAGGAGCUAUCCGGCGGUUUAUGCCACGGUAUCGGCUCCGAGGCCGCCGAUACCGCCGGGGAGGAGAGGGGAGGGGGUGGCGCAGAACUUCGCGUACUUCUCGAGGCACCGAGCGGGAGGAGUUUCGGAAUCUGGACCGUCUAAUUCGAAGAGCGUGGUGAGGGAAUCGACAGUUGUGGACUCGUGUGAGACUCCAACAGCAAGAAUUUCGGAGACGCCGUUUGCUAGAAGUGCGGAUAACACGUGUGGGACCAUGAACUGCACUGCUGUAGCAGGCACGGUUUCCAGUGCUCCCUCAAGUAAUAGAGAGAUGGUGACGAAUCCUUGUGAGAUGACCUCCACGUCAUCACCUGAUUGCUCGAGUGCUAGCGCUGAGCCGCCGGCUCUGAUGUCUCCAGUGGAAGACCGGAAGCGGAAGGGAAGAGAAGAGGAAGCUGAGUGCCAUAGCGAGGUAAAUGACGCAAACGCAAUAACCAUUGCAAUGGCACUUGGUAAUCAACCUCGGUCAGUAGCAAUCAGGCAGAAAACCCAAAACAGUGCCGACAGCUCGAAACCUCUUCAGGAGAGAGAUGCCGCAAAUCCACUUAAGGAUGCUGAGUUUGAAUCUGCUGAUGCAAAGAAACAAAUUCGGGGAUCAAUGUCUUCGAAGAGAUCUCGUGCAGCAGAAGUUCACAACCUAUCAGAAAGGAGACGCAGAGAUCGGAUCAAUGAAAAGAUGAGGGCUUUGCAAGAGCUCAUACCUCGUUGCAACAAGUCGGACAAAGCUUCUAUGUUAGAUGAGGCAAUUGAGUACCUGAAAUCGCUUCAGUUGCAAGUACAGAUGAUGUCUAUGGGAUGCAGCAUGGUCCCCAUGAUGUUUCCUGGAUUCCAGCAGUACAUGCCGCCAAUGGGGAUAGGGAUGGGCAUGGGCAUGGAAAUGGGAUUGAGUCGGCCAAUGAUGCCAUUUCCCAAUAUUUUGGCGGGUGCAUCCUCAGCAACACCAGUUGCAGCAGCUCAUUUGGUCCCUGGGUUCUCUGUGCCGCCCUUUCAUGUGCCCCCCAUCCCUGCUCCUGAUCCAUCCAGAGUCGAACCAACCAGCCAGUUAGAUCCUAUGCUAGGCUCACCAGGUCAACAGAAUCCAAACCAGCCACGAGUCCCAAAUUUUGUUGAUCCAUAUCAGCACUAUCUUGGCCUCUACCAGAUGCAUUUACCAGGAGUAGCACAGAACCAAGCUAUGGCUCAGCCAAGUACCAGCAAGCCAAGUACUAGUCGAGGAGCUGAGAAUCUUGGCAAUCACCAGUCAGGUGUGAUGGGAAAAAAAAUGGCUCAUGCUUUUCCUUCAAGUCAGGCUGAAAAACAGGAGUGGAAAAUGGGGAAAGUAAUAAAUGGAGUUACGCCGCUACGUGGUUGUCCACCUUUAUCUCAAUAGAGCCCUUCUCAAAAGUUGUGCUAACGCGACUGAAUUACAGGAUUUCUCCAAUUUUCUUUUCCUCCCCCCCCCUUUCCCUCUUUUCACUUCACUAUUCCUCCCACCAAUCAAAGCCAAAUGAUAUGGAUUUACUACUCGGUUCUCCAUGUUCUGUUUAUAUUGAAUGAUAUGUUGUUGAGGUUAUGCUUAAAAAUCAUGGGAUAGAUUCAAUUCAGGAGUUGCAUGAAAGGAUCGCUCUUGGUGAGAUUCUGAAUGUUGUCAACCUUUUCCUGAAUCGACAUGAUAUGCUGAUAAUAGAAUCCCUAGUUGGCUAAUGAUUAACAACUCAAGGCACUACAUUUUGUAGCUGGUCUUGGUCUCUCAUAUUGGUAGUGCGUUAUUGUAUCAGUUGUGUCUAUGGAUUGCUUGUGGCUUGCCCCUCCUCGAGAACACAUGUAGUAAUGACGGUGCUUCUUGUGCUUAGCAGGUUGAAGUUUUGUAGCGUAAGAGAGCAACAUUGGAGAGAGCUGCUAUUUUUUCAACUGUCUAAUACAACCAUAACACAGCUAACAUGUAAUUAUUACACUCCAAUAGAAUCCAAUUUUCUCAAAUCUCUUUUACUUC